GUUGGCAGGCGCGGACGACGGGCGCGCCCCUCUCGGGCCUAUAUGUGUGGCCGGGCUCCUGGGGCUGCCGGUGCCAUGGGACUGCUGCUGCUGCUGCUCGAUUCGGGGAUCGAGGAGGGACGAGAAAUGCUGGCGGGAUAGGGGGCGAAGGAGGGAAGGGAAGGGCCCGAGCGCAUUUGUCGACGAAUGUCACAGUGGCCAUUGCGCGUGCUCGGCGAGGGAGCUCUCGAUCGCUGAUCGGCCUCGUGCACCGCGGCGAGCGAGCGAGUAAGGAGCGACGGGGGAGCAGCCGACGACUUCGACUUCGACGAUUUGUCGAGCUGCAGCUCGAGGAGCUGUUUCAGCUGCUGGACUUGCAUUGUCACUUGCGUUGUGCAUCAUCGACGUGAGGUUGUUGUGGCAGGAGCUGAAGCUGGAACUCUGGAACUCGUAGCUCGGCCGAGUCGUAGAGAUUAGGAAGCAAGGAAGGAAGGAAGCGAGAGGUUUGGUUUGGUAGGCGGGGAGGCAAUGUGCGGCUGGUGAGGGUGUGUGCGUUUGUCGAGGCUUGGUAGAUCUCGGAGGCGCGGGGAUUAUGCAGGUUGCAGAGCCUCGGGGGAGCACAGGGCUCGUGCUGUAGCGAGCAGCGACGGACGGACGUGUGCGAGGUUUGGGUUUGGGUUUGGUUCGUGGGGGUGUGUGCCAAUGCCUCGGUUUUGUGCGGUCGACUUGCGGGAGAGGCUGCAAAUCGGGGCCGAUGACUGGAACCUGAUGUAGAGCUCGGCAAAGUGUGGUGCCUGGCACCAAUGUGGGCAUAACCGCGGCGCGCUUCGGAGUUGUGGCAGCGGGGGCGAUUGGUGUGUCCGUGGGUUGGGAGCAGUGGGGAAGACAGAGCUUCGCCCGGGAUCCAGUGACGAGUUGCUACAUGAUGGAUGAGCUCAUUUCGAUGGAGGACUCGGGCUCCGACACGUUGAUACCUCUUUCGCCUCCUCAGUCUUCUGAAAGGCUCCUUGACGAUUUCGGAAUCGACAAUGCCGAUUCCAAGGAGGGCAGUCAGCUCUCGGUCAGUCGCGGAGACGCAGAUCUGGUGGAGAAUGGAGCGCAAACCAGUAGCGCUGACAGCCCCCCGACUAAGAGGAAUGCGAGCAGCAUUGGCGCAAGUAGACCGGGAUCGGCCACAUCAACCAGAGCCGGGCUCUCGGGCUCUACGGCCACGAGCAAAAUCACCGGCAGCAAGUCGAGCCCAGUAACGAGCAAGCUGUCAUCAUCUACUAAGAAAGCCACGACCGGAAUUUCAGCUGCCAAAACGUCGACCAAGGCGACUCUCUCUUCCAGUUCUGCAACGUCGUCGCCCAGGCCAGCUUCACCAUCUCCGUCGCCGCGGCCUUUCUUAAAGUCUUCGUCGUCUGCGGCUGUCGCCAGGCGAAGCAGCUUGGGGGGUCAUGAAAUCAGUCGUCUCCCCGGCAACUCCAAUGGCACCAGCAGCGCCUCCAAGAACUCUGGCUCCCUCGCUUCCACCACGCUGGGAACGAGGAAGCGACCGACGGGCGGCUCUGUCAAUCAGGAAUCGUCUCCUGUCACUCCUGCUAGUCGCCCUUCCUCCGCCGGUUUGGGGUCGACGGGCAAGCCUGUCAGUAAGGAGCCGAGACGCGCAUCGCUCGGUGGAAUGAGUUCCCUCGCCGCUGCCAAGCAAGUACCGUCCAGAAACGAGCUGAAGAAAUGGGCGUCGACUACACCAUCUCUGAGCAAGCCUGCGACCAGUUCGAGCACGACGACUACCACGAGAAGUCCCAGCGUUACGUCCACGCCUCGAGCAGCAACUCCAGCCGCGAGCAAAACGAGCACCGUUACCCCUACCCGCGGCAGUCCGUCUCCCGCUCGAAGGUCCUCGUCUGUUGGGGCCGUGGCUAGGAACACCACUGCCACCAAGUCCACUGCUUCGUCUAUGGCUAAGUCCCCGGUGACUCCCGGAAGUGCUCACAAAUCGUCGCCUUCUAGCAAUGGAUUGAAUUCCGCUCGAAGCAACAAGCUCAGCCCGUCGUUAUCACUCUCCAGGCGGGCAUCUGGUGGUCACGACUCCAGUCUGUCCAAGCAUUCUUCCGUCAAUGGUGACAGGUCUUCUCUUUCCUCUCCUGGCGCGGGGAAGGCUCACUCGCCUGUCAUUGCAGACCGAGGUCCCAGCAUGCUCACGAGGCGGAAGUCGAUAUCCGGUGCAGAGUCCCGAGACCCUCGUUUGUUGUCUCUUCCAUCAGUCGACAUGAAAGCUGGCGAUGACGUGCGUCUGGAAAUGAGGGGUCAAAAGCUCCGAACUAUUGACUGCAAAUUGGUUAACUUGACUCCGAAAUUGGAGUUUGUGUAUUUAAGAGACAACAAAUUGUCAUCCCUGGAGGGUAUCGAGGUUUUGAAACGACUGAAGGUUUUGGAUCUCAGCUUUAAUGAAUUCAAGGGAACUGGAUUCGAAGCACUGGCCAACUGUAAAGCCCUCCAGCAAUUAUACCUCGCUGGAAAUCAAAUCACUUCCCUAAGUGGAUUGCCCCAGUUGCCGAACUUGGAGUUCCUUUCAGUCGCACAGAACAAAAUCAAGUCUCUCGCUAUGGCCACUCAGCCGAGGCUGCAGGUUUUGGCCGCAAGCAAGAACAAGGUGUCAACUUUGAAGGGAUUCCCUUACCUGCCCGCUCUUGAGCAUUUACGUCUGGAGGAAAAUCCCAUUCUAGAAGUUCCGCACAUGGAGGCCGCUUUUAUUCUUCUUUGCGGGCCAACUCUGAAGAAGUUCAACGAUCGAGACCUGUCUAUUGAAGAACAGGAAUUGGCAAAGCUGUAUCCACCAAGCACGUCCUUGUGCUUGCACAACGGUUGGGAGCUAUGCGAUCCGGAAGAAGCUGCGGAAUCUACUCUGGAGUUCCUUUCUGCCGAGUGGAGCGACAAUCUACCUCCAGGUUACAGAGUGAAGACAGCUGAGAUGAAUUCUCCCCGCGAAGAGGAUCCCUGUCUUUGUAGUUUCAUAUUUGAGAAAGUUGAUGAUUCUUUCGAGGACACUGAGCUAUCCAUGAAAUAUCAGUGGUUUGUCGGAGGAAAGACCGCCAUGGAGUUUGUACCGAUUGAGGGAGCGGUGGAGAUGGAGUACUGGCCUCGACACGAAGAUGUCGGUAACUGUCUGAAAGUCGAGUGCACUCUUAUCCUUGGAGAGACCGAGUACCCUCCUGUCUUUGCUGUUUCCAAACCGGUGGCCCCAGGCACUGGAAUACCUAGAGUUUUAAGUUUGGAAGUGGACGGAGAUUAUGUGGAAGGUGGCAUAAUCAAGGGUGCAGCUACUGUAGCUUGGUGCGGUGGUACUCCAAGUAAAGGGAUCGUCAAGUGGAUGAGAAGUGCCGAUGACAACACUCCAGUUGAGAUAGAAGGAGCCAAUAAUCUGGAAUACCAAGCUACUCUAGAUGAUGUCAAUGCCAGUCUCAUCUUCGUCUUCACUCCCGUGUCUGAAGAGGGAGUGAAAGGUGAUUCUCGAAGGAUUGUCACGCAAACAAUUCUACCAGCUCCACCGUCCGUGAACAAUGUCCAGAUUGUGGGUGAUGCUACUGAUGGGAACGUUCUCACCGGAUAUGGCAGAUACUUCGGUGGUGUAGAAGGUCUCAGCAAAUUUGAAUGGUUACGAGACGAUGUAUUGUCAGGGCAAUUCAAGCUGGUUUCGAGAGGAACCGUAGACUACAAACUUGGACCAGACGAUGUAGGUCUACGGAUGAUGUUUAUCUACACUCCCGUAAAUUGUGAAGGAAAGCACGGCGACCCCGUAUCUGCUAUCAGCGGGAAAGUGCAGCUGGCCCCUCCCAUGGUAAGCCAGAUGAGAAUUAUCGGGGAUCUGAUCGAAGGCAGUAGGGUUACCAUCAGCUGCUCUUUCAGUGGAGGCGUUGAAGGGCUUAGUCUGGUACAAUGGUUUAAGACUCACUCUCCGCAGUUGCCGUCCGAUGAGAACUCUAUGGAGGCUCUCACCAGCUCCAAAAUAUCGAAGGCCUUCCGGAUUCCUCUCGGUGCAGUAGGCUACUACCUUGUAGCCAAAUAUACUCCUGUGCGCUCUGAUGGAGAAAGUGGAGUGCCGGUGUUUCUGAUUUCUGAUACUCCAGUUAAUGUACUGCCACCUGGCUUGAACCUCCUCCGUAUAACUGGUGACUACUGUGAGGGAAAAACUCUCUCCGCGCAAUAUGGGUAUGUCGGAGGAUACGAAGGAAACAGCGAGUUUUGCUGGUUUUUGCACGAGAAAGAGAACGAUUCCGGCAUGCAAAUCCUGGCCUCAGUCGGUCGUUUGGAGUAUGAGAUAACGAAGUUCGCUGUGAACAAGUAUAUAUCUUUCAGGUGCACUCCUGUUAGAGAUGAUGGAGUGGCUGGUGAAACCCAGACUACAUUCGGCUCCGAAAUCAUCCGUCCUGGUAACCCAAAGAUAACUUCGAUCCGUAUAAUGGGCACUCCUAUUGAAGGAGAACAAUUAUACCUGGAAAAGGAAUACUGGGGCGGUGAGGAAGGUGCCUCGAGACUUCAGUGGUAUCUGACACGACCAGAUGGGACACAGCGAGAAAUCAAAGGGGAAACUGGAACUUCGUACGUCGUCAGACCAGAGGAUAUAGAUGGGUUGCUUUGUGUAUCUUGUGAGCCCAUGCGAAUAGACCGUGUAAGAGGGCCACUGGCAAUAUCUCCAGUCGUUGGUCCUGUCCUUCCAUCCCUUCCUACAUGCGAGAGCCUGGAAAUAUGUGGGGAUCCUGUGGAAGGAGGAUCUCUGAGUUUUGAAGCCACCUACAAAGGCGGUGAGCAAGGAAUAUGCCGAUAUCAGUGGUAUCGUCUAUAUCCUGAUGGUAGAGAUCUGAAACUACACAAUGACGAAUAUUUGGAUCUCAGCUCCGAGGAUGUUGGUUGCCACAUUCAGCUUGUUUUUACGCCCGUUCGCAAAGAUGGCAUGGCGGGUGAACCCGUGGGCGUUACUUCUGACGUCGUAAUCGAUGCUGAGCCUGAAGGAAAAGACCUAUUUGUACCCGAGUGUCAUGAGGACGUUGAAGCUGUGCCCAAAAGAGUGUACUUUGGUGGCAAAGAAGGCCCCGGAGAAUUUAUCUGGUAUCACACAACCUCAAGACCAGAAGGAGCGCACCUUCCCAAGGACGUGAUACAUCUCUACAGUGGAAUGACCUACACUCCAGACCUUGACGAUGUAGGAAAAUACCUUGUGCUUCGUUGGACUCCUGUGCGCGCUGAUGGGGUACGAGGACAACCGCUCAUUGCUUGUAGCAGGGGGCCCGUUAUGGCAGCACGUCCAGCCGUGUUCAACGUCGGCGUGCGGGAAGUCUCGUUGGGUAUGUUCGUUGGUGAAGGAGAUUAUUACGGUGGAUAUGAGGGUCAGAGCAAGUUGAGCUGGUACCGCCAUUCCGCAGAGGGCUAUCAAACCUUAAUCCAAGGAGCAACUUCGAAGACAUAUGUAGUGUGUGAUGAUGAUUACACCGCUCAAAUCAUCUUCGGGUACACCCCUGUUCGAUCGGAUGGCGUUGUGGGUGAGCUUGUUCUCUCAGAGCCAAGUGCUACCAUCUAUCCUGAGCUUCCCCGUAUACAAAAGUUGGUCAUAUCUGGCAAGGCCAUUGAGGGCGAGAUUCUGACAGCUCUGGAGGUAAUUCCGAAAGGCGAUUCUCAACAACGAUCAUGGGAGAAAUUUAAGAAGGAGAUUAAGUACAGCUGGUCGCGAUCUCAACUCGAACAAGGAGACGCAGACGAUUUCGAAGCCAUAGCACUGCAGAGGGCUUGUACAUACAAAGUACGCCUUGAAGAUGUUGGAUACUGUAUGCGCUGUGAAUGUCUAGUCUCGGACAUUUUCGGCAGAAUGGCGGAACCAGUUGCUUGUGUGACGCCUCCAGUUAAUCCAGGCCUUCCAAGAAUCGACAAACUGGAAGUUGAAGGUCGAGGUUUCCACACCAGUCUGUAUGCUGUUAGGGGCAUUUACUUCGGAGGAAGAGAGGGCAAUAGUACUUUACAAUGGUUUCGUGCAAUGGCUGGCAGUCCAGAUCUGAUACCAAUAUCGGGUGAAGUCGGGCGCAUGUAUGAAGCUAACGUGGAUGACGUAGGGUACAGACUAGUUGCUGUCUACACUCCAAUCCGUGAAGACGGUGUGGAAGGUGUCCCUACAUCAGCCUCAACGGAGCCCAUUCAAGUUGAACCCGAAGUUGCACGUGAAGUCAAACUGAAGUUGGAAUUGGGCAAAGUGAAGUUUGAGGCUUUGCGGGAUCGAGAUCGAUCACCGAUGAAGGCACAGCAGCAACAAGGACUCGGGAGCUUGGAAAGAAGAGUUUUGAAUGUGAAUAUGAAGAGGCUGAAGGUGGUGAAGCCUGCCAGCAAAACGUCAUUUUCGUCAACGGAAAUCCGUGGAACCUAUGCGCCACCAUUUCACGUUGAAGUAUUCCGCAACGACCAGCAUCGGGUGAAAAUUGUGAUUGACAGCGAGAACGAGGUUGAUUUGAUGGUUCAAUCGCGGCACAUCCGCGAUGUCAUCGUGCUUGUCGUGAGGGGGCUAGCUCAAAGAUUCAACAGCACCCCCUUAAACUUGUUACUAAAGAUGUAAGGAUCCAGGGGCAACUCUCCUGGAUCUGGAGUCGUGUGGGCAGACUAGAUAGGAUAGACAAGCUAAAGUAGCUACUAAAUUAUUCUCCUGUUGGGAGGUUGCGUCUAGGGAAGUUCAGAGAACCUUGCUUUUUUUUCCCGAAAGUUUGGUGAGUACUCUUUAGACUAGGUUGGAAGCGUUCCCCGGGGCACUUUUUCAUAUUCCCCACAGAGAUGUCCGAGGAGGCUUGGAAUGGAAUUAUCAUCGACAAGCGUGACCCACACUAUCCAGAUUUGGAUCUACGUAGUAUUGAUCAACACUGAAGCUAGACCGGCGGAAGGGAGAGCUGCGGCUGCGGACCAGUCUCUGCUUCUACGCUCAUUUGAUCGACUUCUUGACCUUUUUGGCAAGGUUUCAAUUUAGGCAGAAAUCUUAGCGCACACUUACAAGUCAGGUAGGACGUAAGCUUUGUAAAUGGACUGAUAAAUAUUUGUUGAUUAGUUACCAUGGCUCUCCUUGCUUACAAUCAGUUCCAUCUCCAUGUACUCUGCUAGACGGGUGCCAAUUCUGAACAGUGGCGGACAUUAGAUUUUCAGUGGAGGCGACAGCCUCCACAUUUGGUCAUGUGUUGAAGGAUCUGGUCUCGUGGUGGAGACUAUAUGAUGUACCAUUAUUUAAUCAAUUACUACUGCUGUAUGGACAGCGUUGCAACAGACUUCUUCUGU